GGCUGGCUGGGGGGGUAAAAGAAAAACAACAGGAAACCGAGCGAUUCUAAUGCCGUUUCUGCAAAUCCUUUCCGAGAUAAAGCAACGGGCCGCCACGUCCCGGCCGAGCGAGUUUUCAUUGAUCACCCCUGGCGAGUUAUGACAAUCUAACGGAUUUAUACUCGAAAAUGUGACGUCACUUCUGCUCUCAGCCUCCCAACAGUGUGGUUCAUCAGAAUGUGAGCGGAUGCAGUUUUCUCGGAGCCGUUGGCUGGGAUUUCAUUGUGGCUGCUUUUCUGACCCGCAAAGUGAACCUUCUGCCGGGGUCCUAUGGAUCGAUCGCCGUGCUUCCAAGGCUCUGUUUGUUUUAAUCGUCGGGACCACUAACUGGAGCCACAUGAAGAAUAAAGGGACUAAACAGAAGUCCAAGAAGAAAGGAAGUGAAAAUGUGUUCGGCUGUGACCUGAUAGAACAUCUGCAGAGCUCAGGACAAGAUGUUCCUCAGGUUCUGAAGAAAUGUGCAGAGUUUAUUGAGGAGCAUGGGAUCGUGGACGGCAUCUACAGACUCUCGGGGGUCACCUCAAACAUCCAGCGUCUCAGGCAGGAAUUCUGCUCCGAGGCGUGCCCUGACCUUACAAAGGAAGUGUACCUCCAGGACAUCCACUGUGUGGGUUCCUUAUGUAAGCUGUUCUUCAGGGAGCUGCCCGUUCCUCUGCUCACCUACGAGCUGUACAGCAAAUUCACCGAGGUGGUCUCGGUCCAGGGGGAUCAUGAGAGACUUUUACACAUACAGGGAGUUAUCAAAGAACUGCCGACCCCUCACUUCAGGACUCUGGAGUACCUUACUAAACACCUGGCCCACCUUGCCACCUUAAGCAGCCAAACCAACAUGCAUACACGUAACCUGGCCCUGGUCUGGGCUCCAAAUCUAUUACGAUCUAAAGAUAUAGAGGCAUCGUGUAAUAAUGGAGACAUGGCUUUCCAGGAGGUGCGGAUACAACAGUCAGUGGUUGAGUUCAUUCUAAACCACACAGAAGAGAUCUUUAGCAAUGCGGUGCAAAUAAAACCCAAAGAAGGUGUGACGUGUGGGGAGAAGUACGCCACGCUCCCGAUCAGUGGCCAGUGUGGGCCGAUGAAACUGAUGAGCCUGGAAGAAGCCCAGGCCCGUUCCUUAAGUCCGGACCACCCUGUGCAUAAAGAGCGUCAGCGAGAGAACAGCCUGCCUAACACCAGCACCGCCACGCUCUACCACACCGUCAUAGACGUGUCGGACAGCAAGAGGAAGUUUUCUGGGAAAUCUAAGAAGUGGAAGUCCAUCUUCAACCUGGGACGCUCUGUGGAGUCAAAGGGAAAACUCAGCCGGAACGGCAGCGUCUUCAUAAGAGCACAGGGGACAGAAAAGGCAGCUCUUCGUCCCUCCAGGAGCAUGGAGUCCAUGUGCUCCUUGCCAACAGAUGACGACAGAUCAGGAAACAGAGCCAGCGGAUCCGGCAGCACAUCUGUUCCAGAUGUCAAGUCAAGGACGCUGGGAUCCGACUCGCUCUUUGAUCUGAGCGAACACGAUGCAAACUGGGAGUUUACGAAAGGGACGAAAGCUGGAGGGGCGACAGGUGGCUGGAGCUCCAGCGUGGAGCCAAAGGGGUCCGCAGGGGCCUCCGCACCCCCUCAAAAAACACUGCCGGAGCAACUGAAGGUGUUCAAAGGCGACGACCUCAGCGGCUACAAGCCCACCUCUCCGAAAAGCCGGAGGAUGUUGUACUCUGGCUCCUCCCACAACAGCUCCUCUCGGCCCUCCUUCCCGGGAAGCUUCUUCCCGCUGGAGUCCUCGCCGAGGCAUCAGCGAAGGGCCGUCAACAUAUCGGAGCCUUUCGCCGUGUCCGUACCCCUGCGCGUGUCCGCCGUCAUUAGCUCCAACAGCACGCCGUGCAGGGCGCACGUCAAGGACAAGGCCGCUUCUCUGAAGCCGUGCAAAGAGAACUCCGAGCACAGCGGCAACAGUGGAAGGAGCAACACUUUCCCACAAGUGGAACCCAAGAAGCAGGACGCAACGGAGAAGAAGAGGACGGAGGGGCCGACCUCGAGGGUCCUGGCACGGGAUGCAAGCAAAGAAGUGUUGCAACAGGGUCAUGGAGAGGUGAAUACUUCUGAACUGGAACCAGCGUCCAGUGUAAAUGGCAGAGAGACGGCGCCCUCUGCUGGGGGAGAGGUGCACAACCAGCAGACUACUCCUCAAGGGGACGAGGGCUCCACUGGGGAGGAGCUGUGGUCGGACCCCGACCCGGAACUGAAGAUAACUGAGCCCGAAGCCGACCUGCUGGCUGAGACGCUCAAACCCGUUUUCACCUCAAAGAGCACGUGUGAGGGAAGGAAGUUGACAAUGGAUGUCAAGUCAAAACAGAGCCGCAGCUCUCCGUCUCUGUCGCUGUUGUUUCGGGACCAGCCUUCGUGCCCCCCUCUGAGCGAUCACCUUACCCCCACUGGGUCGGACCCGGCACGCAAAAAAACGCCCCCAGAGUCCGACAUCUUACUCUCUCGUCCCAAUAACACUGCAAAGCUGCGUUUAAACAUCAAACCCUUUCAUGAAGAUGACGCGAAACCGGGCCGCCUUCCCUCAACAGAACCACGGUUGGAUAAAGUAGUGAAUCCCUUGACGAUAGAGGACACUCCAACCGUUGCCGUCUUCUCAGGAGCGGAUGAAACCCACAAAGAAUUAAAGGAACUUGAAGUCCCCCAAGGAGACAAGAAAAGCGACUCUGGUGGUGAUGCAGCGAAGGAGAGCGCGCUUCCCGCGGUGGACGUCAUCCAGAGGCUGUCGGUGUGCGUGGAGGAGAGACGCCUCACCUUGGAGCUGCCAAACCUCCACCACGACGAAGGAUGUGGAGGAAACCCCGAGGAGCUGGACCUGGUGGAGCCCUGGGAGGAUUUCAGCUCCACCAAGCAGUGGGUCACCAGUCCGCUCCACUCGCCUGACGUGGAGGAGUUGUUUAAGCAGCUCUCCCCCUUCGGCACUCGCGGGGAAACUCCGAUUUCUUCUCCUUCAGUCGACAAUAACAAGCGGUGUCUUAUUAAGAGCACUGAGCAAUCCUCAGGGAACAUUCCCCCGACCAGCAGCAGCAGCAGCAGCAGGCCGGAGACUAAAGGGGCGUCGGGGGUCGGUGGGAGCAGCAGCAGCGUCGCCACACAAGCUCACACGGGAAAGGGCAGCGCAACAAGACAGAAGAAUACAGCGUCAUCUCAGAGGUUCUACAGGCAGAUGUCUUACGAGGCCGAGAAGAGAGUGGAAAACUGCUUUUCUAAACACCGGCCGUAUUCACUCAAUUUAGACCUCGGCCAUCGAUGCAUCAGAGACAUUUCCAACCAGCAAAUCCGAAAUUCAUCAGAGUUUUCGUCUGGUCAGAGGGGAUUACUGACCUCCUCUGAGUCGGUGAACAACAGGCUUCCCUCAGAGCUGGACUUGUUCCUGAGUGACCGGCAGGCGCCUCUGCGCCGGAACUCCGCCCCGGUCAGCGUGUCGUCGGUGCGGACGGCCUUCAUGAUAAAAACGUGCCAGGCCAAAGCCGUGCCGGUCGUCCCCCCGAAGGUGCAGUACAGCCAGAUCCCUCCCUGCAGACGCGAGAAGGACGUUGAUGCGGCGAAGGAACUAGAAAAGGAUCACCCCAAAACGCCCGCGGAGAAAAGCAACGCGCCGGCGAUGUCGGAUCUGAAGGAGGAGCUGGAGAAUAAAGAGCCUGAGCCCAAACACCGCAAACACCCACAGGCCGCCGAGGCCGCGAAGGCCAGGCCUGCAGGUGAGCUGCCGGUCAUCGCCAGGAGACACGCGCCCAGCCUGGAAGUGUUCGUCGAUUGUCCCAGACCCAGCAGGGGGAACGUCUUACAAAGGCCGUCCUUCAGGAACAGACAGAGACCCCAGAGCCUCAUCCUGCUCAGCCCUCCCUUUCCCAUCAUGGACCACCCUCCGACGGGGGACGACGGCAAGCCGCUGUCGUCCAUCAGGAGCCCGAGCGACGCCUCGGCGGCCAACGUCUUUUCCAAGGAGGCGGCGGACAGCGUCAGGACGUCGGAAGGGCUCGCCCUUCAAAACAAAAUGACCAUUCCGAAGAGUGGACAGAGGCUGGAAACGUCAACCAGCUGCUUCUACCAGCCGCAGAGGAGGUCGAUGGUAUUUGACAGCAGGAGCCACAGACAGAUGGAGUGACAAUCGGGAAGUGAUAUGAUGUCGAUUAUAGCUCUGUGUUGUGCUGUGAUUCACACAUUUCACAGAGAGGGAGGCUUUGUAAAAUUUCAGAUUUUGAAUCGUUUGAGAAGGUGUUGAUUCAUGUGAAAGCCAUUUAAACUUGACCGGAAUCUAGGGCUGUAACUAAUGAUUUAUUUAAAUGUUCUUGAUUAGUCAAUUGAAUGUUUGGGCUUUUAAAAUAUCAGAAAUGGUCAUUGGGUUUCUCAGAGCCCAACUUAUGUUUUUAAAACGGCUGGUUUGGCGGAAACCAAAAGAUAUUCAGUUUACUAUCGCAGAAGACUUUGAAAACAAAUAGGAAACAAAAGGGAGGAUUAACUCAAGGUCCUCUUAAUGGCUUUUUCAAGAGGUUUGGACUGCAUCUCACAGUCCCUCUUGUAGGAUGGAGUUCAUUCAGUUGCGUCCUGAAGGCGGCUCACUGAGCGAGUGUCGUCCACUGAGGAAGACACAUGGUCGAAAUCUCCUGCAGAAGCUAUAAGGGACUAUGCGUUUAUUUAUUUAUUUUUUGUCUAAUUCAGAAAGUCUUUUUCAGCCUCUGCCAGUCCAAAGAAACUGUUGUCUUGUCACCAGGUUUGUAGUGGGCAUCAGACUGCUUGUGGUCGUCACUGGAAAUGGGGAUUCAGGGCCUUUUGUAUUUUCUAUGUCUGGAUUCUGCUAAAAAAAACAACUCAAUUUUUAAAGAAUCACAAUGCAGAACCAACAAACCAACCGACGCCGUCAGUGUCCAUGAUGUCACGACGUAUAGUUGUAUUAUUUUAAUUUACUGACCUGUUAGAGUUCCUUCUGUAUCAGAUUGCGACCUCAUAUGAAUAUUCUGAACUGAAAUAUAUCUUUGGACAUUAAGGACUCUGAAGAAACUACAGAACUAACAAAGAAACUAUUGGACAACCAAAAAUUUGAUGGGUUUAUUUAUUCCUAUAUUAAGAUACUCGUGUUAUGAAGUAAACGUGAUAUAUGCUAUAUGUAUUGAUUGGCUCCGUGACAAGGUGAUGUCAAUGUGAUUUUUUUUUAAACUAAUAUUUAAAAGGAAAUUAUUUUUUUCUGAUUUAAAUGCAUCAAGAGGUUUUUGAUGGUUUUUACCCCCUGAUGAACUUCAUUUCAAAUGUAUCUUUGGUUUCCAUAAUUGUUAGAUAUUUUAUGGCUUUUGUUUGUUCGUUGUUUGUUUGGUUUUUGACUAUAACGACAACCAGUAUUGUAGAAGAGGGUAUGUGAUGUUGUGAGGAGUAAAACCCUGGAGCUGCUGACGGGGACCUGGAGGGCAAGUUUGUGCAAGCUGACUGUUUUUUACGUGUUUGAGUCAAAAUCAUCUCCGGGUUUUUAUUAAUUUUCUUUGCAUUUAACAAACAAAGGAUCUGACGUAUUGAGCUUUAUCACCCAUGAACAUAACAGAGUUUGGAUGUUAAGAGUCUCCGGUGUAUUUUCUAAAGAUGCGGAUGUUAUUGAGGUGAAGUUUGGAUGGACUGGAUGAAUGUUUGCAGUGUUGUAUCCAAAAAAAAGAUUGAGAAAGGAAUGUUUUUUAAAUGUGUUUUGUAACUUUUGUAUACUUGUUGAUACUGAAAACGAUUGACGAAAUCGUCUGUAUUCAUAGGAAAAACAAACCGAACUGACAAUUUUAGAUGAUGGUUUUGUUUAAAUUUUAUCUGAAGCUAUGUAAAAAAAAAGACACUUGAUGACUUUUAUUGAAAUCAAACAUUAUGGGAAUAAAAAGUUCUGAACUUUC